AUGACUCCCCACUCACACCACGACGUGGCUCCAUGCCUCUCCCCCUCCGACCAUGUCCUCCGCUGGAUAUCUGUCCUGUCGCUGGUACCCGCGCUGGCCUUCAUGAUCCCUUAUGGCAGAUUUUCCCACCAAGCCGGAAUCACCGUGCUCGUUAUGAUCCCCUUGGGUUUCUCCUCCCUCACCGGCCUCUUCCAUCUCAGCAAGCGAGUCGACGUCAAGAGUGUCACCAUUUUCCUCGAUCUCUUCAUGGCAUCUGCUCUGCUUGGUACCCUCAUACCUGCCUGCAUUUUCCUUUCAGACAGUUGGGGCUGGAGGGAUAUGGUCAUCCUCGGGUCGUAUGGCACCAUGUUGAUGAUGGUCAACUUCUGCAUCCACAUAUGGAUCGCCCUUCGUGAACUCGGCAUCUACGAGGGCAUCAGAUUCCACCUCUCCAACAUGUCCAUCUCGCCCACCUGCCCUCACUGCCAAAAAGACUUGCUGUUUCGGCAAAACCGUUCGCCCGGCUCGCCCCGCACUCCAGGUGGCUACGCCCCGGUCACUCUGCACGACAACGAAGCCGAGGGACGUCCUUCCAUGUCCAAGGACCCGGUGCCCGAAGUGGCCGAGUACCGCGAUGCCCGGCCCAGCAACGACGAGUCCGAGUACCGGGAUGCCCGGCCCAGCACCGACGACGAGACGGCCAAUCUCGUUUGA